GAAGGGGCGGGGCCAAAACUGCGCGCCCAAUCGGGGCGACGGCUAGUCUUGCCGGGCGACUCGUGGGGUAACUUGCUUUUCGGAACCUGCGGUAUGGCGUCUGGCUGCAAAAUUGGCCCGUCCAUCCUCAACAGCGACCUGGCCAAUUUAGGGGCCGAGUGCCUCCGGAUGCUAGACUCUGGGGCCGAUUAUCUGCACCUGGAUGUAAUGGACGGGCAUUUUGUUCCCAACAUCACCUUUGGUCACCCUGUGGUAGAAAGCCUUCGAAAGCAGCUAGGCCAGGACCCUUUCUUUGACAUGCACAUGAUGGUGUCCAAGCCAGAACAGUGGGUAAAGCCAAUGGCUAUCGCAGGAGCCAAUCAGUACACCUUUCAUCUCGAGGCUACUGAGAACCCAGGGGCUUUGAUUAAAGACAUUCGGGAGAAUGGGAUGAAGGUUGGCCUUGCCAUCAAACCAGGAACCUCAGUUGAGUAUUUGGCACCAUGGGCUAAUCAAAUAGAUAUGGCCUUGGUUAUGACAGUGGAACCGGGGUUUGGAGGGCAGAAAUUUAUGGAAGAUAUGAUGCCAAAGGUUCACUGGUUGAGGACCCAGUUCCCAUCUUUGGAUAUAGAGGUCGAUGGUGGAGUAGGUCCUGACACUGUCCAUAAGUGUGCAGAGGCAGGAGCUAACAUGAUUGUGUCUGGCAGUGCUAUUAUGAGGAGUGAAGACCCCAGAUCUGUGAUCAACCUAUUAAGAAAUGUUUGCUCAGAAGCUGCUCAGAAACGUUCUCUUGAUCGAUGAAACUAUAAUGAGCCCAAUGUUUCUGUUCAUGAAAUCUCCCUUUUAUUGGCAAACAGGAAUAUUGACGACCAAAUCAUAAUGCAAGUGAAGCAGUACUGCUUUUUUGAGCAGUUAUUCAUUCCAGUGAUUAAAAUUGGUUGUGCAGAAUUGUCUGAAAGGUUAGAAAUUGGUGUGUAUAACUACAUUUUUAGUGAUGCAAUUUAAUGAUUAGUAAGAUACUGUUUUUAUUGAGAGACUUGAUUUUUAUAAAGAGUAAAACUAUGGCUGCAUUAAGGUUACAAACAGAAAAGUGUCUUAAUGCCUAAUGAGGGCAUAUUAGCUACACUAUAAAAACAAAUUUUUUCUUUAUUUCUCAAAAGCAUUUUGUUGUUUCUCAGCUAUUUUCCAAAAGCAGAGGAAGUCUUUAUGGUUUUCAUGUUAUUUGUGAUUUGUUUAUAUGCUUGGAAAUACAAGUUGAAUAGAAUUUUAAGAUAUAAAUUUUGGUGGUAUGGCAUACCAUAUUACUGGUUCUCAAAAUUUAUCACUUUUCACCUUACACUUGAUGUGUAAAAACUAUGAAAACAAUGUGUGAAACCCAGGGGUUCUAAAAUACAAGCAUAGAUUUUAUCAGGGUGUUUGUCAAAGCAGGUUAUUCAGUGAUUCCUCCCCACCAUUUUUAAGGUCGUUAAAUAAUGCUGUUGUGUUACCUCUGAGUAGAAAGGAAAAGUAAAGCCUCUGUUUGGAAGUAAUAUUGGGUUGAAUUCUGACUCUGCCCCUUUCUAGCUGGACCUUUAACAAAUCACCCAACCUUUUUGUGCUUCUCUGAACUCACUUAUACAUUGAAUGUAAUUAUAACAACUGUGGGGAUGUGUUGAGAAUUAAGAAGUAGUACUGUAUAUGUAAAGUUUUCAGUAAUAGUCCCAGAAUUUACAAUAUGCUCAAUACAAAGUGGCUAGCAUUAUGUAAGUUUAUAUUUUGCAAGUUAUAAAGUACUUUGAUAUAUUCUCAUUAAAUCUGUAAAUCACCUCUGCAAAUGGUAAUAAAGCAGAUAUUUUUGUCCCCAUUUAAAAACUGAAGAAAUUAACAGUGGGAUGGUACCCUGGAAAGCGGUAGCAUUUCUGAUCUGUACUCUUUUUACAAAUGGAGCCCUUGGGAGGUGGGUAGGGCAAAAGGAGCUUUUUACUUAACAUUGUCUUAUUUCCAGUCUAAUUUUACCCUAUAGCAGAACCAGAUGGCUGAGAAUAUUCUGGAACUAUGGAUCUUGACCUCAAGGAUAUAUUAUUUUAUUCCAGGAAAGAUCAGGUAGGCUCAAAGAUGACAGGAUGCAGAGUCAAUCCAUAAACUAAGUAUUUAUAACUGUGUUCUAAAUUACACAGAGUCUAAAGAUAUGUCAACUACUUCAUUCCUGUAAAUACUCUUGUUAUAAAUAUGGCAAGAAAUAUAAGGACCAGGAUCAAUAAACUUCUUGAGGCUACUAUGAGUUUUGAGAAAUAAGGUUAGAAAAAGUAAGAAUGUUAACACUUAAGCAUAGACUAGAGCUUGCUUGGGUUUUUUCCUGCAUUAUAAGGUAAAAAUUUGCUCAUGUUUAUUUUUAUUUCGGCGUGGGAAAGCUUGCUUGGGAAAGCUUUGUGCUAUGAAUAGGCGCAUUUAAUAACGGUCAAAACAACACAAAGCAUAUAGAAAUAACUUUAAUU